AUGGACGGAAAAUCAGAUCUGAACCCAUUUUAUCACGAACUCCACUACUCUACAUACCAAAUAGUCAAGAUAGUGCUGAUGAGUGUGUUUGUUGUUCCCCUUAGACUGAUAGCAGUGACCUUUGCCCUCUCUCUCGGGUGGCUCAUCUGUGUGCUCACUGUGAGGGGACUGACUCACGAGGAACUGAAGAAACCACUCAGAGGGUGGAGAAGAUGGAUCCAGCGUGAACUGGGACCACCGGUGGCCCAGUUUGUCUUCUUCACCAUAGGGUUCCUCUUCAUUCGUACCCGUGGCAGAAGAGCCACUAAGAAGGAGGCCCCCAUCCUCACCAUGGCCCCCCACUCCAGCUGGACAGACGCUCUGCUGCACUUUGUUGAUGACAUUUCUUCUCCAGUGUCCAGGAUGGACAAUGCCGAGUUGCCUAUCAUCGGAGCGAUGGUAAAGUUCCUCCAACCAGUUUGCGUGAGCCGAGACAUGGCCAACUCGAGAUCGGACUCCCUAAACGAGAUCAAACGACGUGCCAAACAGCCCGAAAAUUCCUCCGACACCUCUGCCAUCGACUGGAAACAGGUGGCACUGUUUCCCGAAGGCACCACUACCAAUCGGAAGUGUCUGAUCAGUUUCAAAACAGGUGCAUUUCAGCCAGGUGUUCCAGUCCAGCCAGUGGUAGUGAGGUGGCCUAAUUAUUUCGACUGUGUCACGUGGGCGUUUGUGGGACCUAGUGUGUACAAGCUGAUUUGGCUGCAGAUGUGUCAGCCAAUCACAUUUGUCGAAGUUGAGUAUCUGCCAGUGUACAUUCCAUCAGAAGAGGAGAAAGAGAAUCCAACUUUAUUCGCCAACAAUGUCCGACAAGUCAUGGCCAGUGCUCUGAAGAUCCCGGUGAGAAACUACUCCCACAGAGACGGGGUUCAGUUCAGAAGAAGGUUCCUCGCUUCUCAACACGGUUGGACCACCAAAUUCACCAUCCUCGAAAAGCUCGCCCAGAAAAUUGGACUUGUGCCGAAAAUGCUUGAAGACGUGGUGAAGUACUUGUCUCAGAAGCAGCACUCAGCUGACCUCAUCAGUCGGGAGUAUCUGGAGGAUCUGAUUGGUCUAGAGGCAGAGACGAAGUCUAAGAUGGAUGUGCGGGAGUCUUAUGAAGAGUUUCUGCCAUUGAUACAAAAUGCCGAGGGUGCGAUUAGCUUGCAGAAAUUCAUCGUGCUUGUUAGUCUGUGGCUCUGCAAGAAACAAAAAGCAGUGGAGCCUCUCAAAUACUUGAUACAGGCCUCAGGAAUAGAUGACAUGAGUCAACUAUCGAGGACUUCAGUUGAGAAUUGUUUGAAGACCAUCUUCCCCUCCAACUUCCAAUCUAAAUCAGACCUCAUCGCAGACAUGUUCAAACUCAACGCCAUAUCAUUCGAUCGACUAAAAAAUGGCUUGAUCCGAGAUGACAAUGACAUAUUUAGCUGAUGAUUGAUUGAUUCAUGGCAAUGGUUGAAGUUACUUUUAUUCUUAUUGAUAUAUUAUAACUGAUUGCUUUUUGGUC